UUGUUUUCUUGGAGACCAUUUCGGGUGGUAGGCUGUAAGGCUUUUAUCUAAUCCUGUUUUAUGUUACUAUUUUUUGUUGGUUUUAUUUUUAAUUAGACUUAUGUGGAAACAAAGAAGGCAUAUUCAUUAAAUUUACUGAUAUUAUAAACAAAAAGUGAUCAGUACUAUAACAUUUCUUUAUCUGAAAUUGUCCUAAAACAAACAAGAUGAGAUUUAAUAAAGAUAAAAGAAAAAAAUUAAGUUUAAACAUAUAGAAUUAUAGAAGUAUAGAUUAUGUAAGGUGGAAGGCAUGAUUUAUUGUAGUCCAUGCGUAAUAGACUGGGGUUUUGUUUUGUUUUUUACUCUAGGUAAUAUGUUUGCUAAAAGAAAAACCCAAUUAAUGUAGGUUUGAGAUGACUUGGGAGAGUAUGCUGCACAAAGGGGCUACUGAUCAGUCCAUGACUUAAUUCUUGGCACACUGUAUUUGAAUAUUGUGUUUUUUUCUGAGUGUUUAGUUUAAGGAGAAUGAAAAAUCAAAGCACAUUCAGAGCAGGGAAAAGAAUGUGGUUAGAAGUAGACGGGCUCACCAUGCCAUUUGAGGAAUAGUGAAAAGAACCAGAGAUUUUGAAGAAGAGGAAAGUAUUAGCAGAUCUUCUGGUAGUUAGUUAACAGCUUGCUUGAAAUAUUUCAAGGCUUUCAAAGUCUAUAAGGAAAGGUUAGUUUUGUGUGGUUCUUAGGGCCAGAACCCAUACCAGUCACGUAAGUUAAAGCAAGUUAAUUUGAUGCUCACAAAUCAAAUGAUGUAGGCUUUAGAGUUAAGCAGAUCUAAAUUUUAAAUUUGAUGUCAGUGUUGGCUUUAGCAAAAGGAAUGAAACUUCUGAGCUUCAUUUUCCUAAUAUGCUAAAUAGGUAUAAUAAGCUCUAUCUCAUUUUAAGGACUAGAAAUAAUAUAUAAAAAAAUGCAUAGUUCCUGGCAUAGGUAAAUACUUAAUAAAUAAUCAUGAUUAUACAUAAAUUGAUAAAGAGUAGAGAUUUCCAACAUUGGGAAGAUUCAAGUGGAAGGUGUUGUAAAGGGAAUACUGGAGAGAUGAUUCCUACUAAAGAUAGGGAAUUGGCCUUAAGAUCUAUUCCAACUUUUAAUAUAAGGUUUUCAUUUCCACCUUAGCCUGAAAUCUCCUUUCCCCUCACUGCUUUUUCCUUGCUUCACAAAGCAAGCAGGUCCAAUCUAUUUUAACCAAGCUUACUUUAUAGUAUUUUGUUGACUUCUGGAAGUCAACUGUCUUUAAAGAACUUAGAACAGGAGCAUAGCUAUGAAAAAUGAGGUGUUUUAACAGUAAGAAAAUACAAUGUUCACAGACCAGACUUCUCAUUCAGUGGCUCCGUGAGCUACUUAGGGAGGAGGCGAAUGUUACAGGGUUGGAUAAGUUACUAACUGAGGCACCAACUGAGAGAAGCCUCCACUACUUCAAACCACAUCAAACUCUUGGCAAGAGCGACGUGAAAAAUGUGGUCCAGGUCAGGUGUGAAGCAGGUCUGGACUUGCUGGCUGGAGCUAAGGACAGGCAGUUUGGAAACUCCCAGGGACCGAAAGGAGGCCCUUGGAUGCCACCAGUUUACAGCAUGAGUUUUAGAGACAAAACAAAGAGGACAGCGACAAAAGUGGUGAAAUACGUUGGAGGGCCCCAGAAGGAAGAUGAAAGCUGGCGGGUCCUUGGCGGGUGUUAUGGGCUUACAACCCAUAGGAUAGUGGCCUUGAGUUGUGCACCAGGACUCCAGGCAUCAAACCUUGCCCAGGGGCGAACCUCUACCGGUGUCUCCCAGCUGCUUGUCAGUCCUGCUAGGGCACUUCUGGAAAACCCUUCGGCGGCCGGCAACCUUGGUCGGGCUUUGAUCGGAGUCUUGAUAACUGGGCGCAGUGCCCUGCCUCCUUUCCCCCAGCCCCUCUCCCGCCCACCGGGUCCCAGCAGCUUGUUUGCCUCCAGCGCUUGGGGGUCGACCAGAUACUCCCGGACUCGGCUGCAGGCAAGACCCGGAGAGCGGAGUUCGCUCCCGGCGGCCGGGCGCGCUCGCGCGCGCUCUCCCGCUCGCGCCUCACGAGGGCACUGGGCAUGCGCGGCGCGCGGCCGGCGCUGGCUGGGAGCUGCUGAGCGGGCUAGCGGGCGGGCACAUCCAGACUUCAUAGGCUGCGGCGGGCGAGGCGGCGUAGCGGAGCGCUCGGUCCGCGCUGGGCUCGCCCGGGAGAUCGCUGCUCGGCGUCUGGGCGCAGACAGCGGCGCGGCGGCUCGCGGAGGACGGGGAGGGCGCCGGCCGGCCAGGUCGGAGGCUUUUCCCCUGGCCACCUCCUGCCUCGUCUGGGCUCGAGGCGCCUCCGGGGAAACUCGCGGCCCCGAAGGCGGAUCCGAGGUCACUUUUAAUACAGCUCUCAUUGGACUGAAGUAGAAACAGAAGAAUUAGAGCAUAUUUUCAUUUUGGAGAAGGCAAAGGGGACUCGGGCAGGAUAACUUAUCACCAACUUAACAAUAAAUUAAAAAAAAAAUAAAGCUACAGAAUGUCACUUCAAAACCUGCCUCUUAUUGUCGUCUAUAUAUUUUGAGGAAUGCCUGUUGUAUCAGUCACAUCUCCAGGAAGAAAGCAUUAU